AUGGAAGAUAAACGUAAAAGAUCUGAGCCUGAAUUAGCUUUGUCUCUUAAAAGUCCAACUGAUAAUCAAGAUGAAUUAUCAGUUAAUAGGCGUAAGGUUCCUCUAACUCUUGAUCAAGCAAUUGAUUUUGAACUGAACAAGCUUGGUCGAAAUGUUGAUUCUGACGUGGAUUUGAAGAAGCUUAGAAGGACUGUAUCAAAUCGAUUGUCUGCGCAAAGGUCUAGGAUUAAGAAGACUGAAUACAUCACUGAGUUGGAAAAGAAGGUGAAAGACCUCCAGGAUACCAUAGCUUAUCUGUCACCAGAAAUAGAAAAUUACAAAGAAAAGCAAUCAAUGUUGAGGAUGCAGAGAAAAUAUUUGCAAGAACAGUUGGAUACCUUCACUGAUAGAUCCAAGCUACGCACAGUGCAAAUUGAAGAGAUGAAACUUGAAUUGAGGAGGCUUAAGGAACUUGCCAAGGCUCAAGAAGAGCAUUAUAAUAUGCAAUUGGGACAAACUACCAAUUACUUUUAUCUGUCAGAAAUGGAACAGCAGGCUGGCAUAGAUCAGUAUCUCAACUUAGAUGCUAUGAACUUUUACCCACCCAAGAAUGAGAUGUGA